GAACCCGCCGAAAACUCAGUAGGUUUGACCUAAAUAUAAACCCCACGUCUUAAUCCUUUCUCUUAGAACCCUUCUUCCCUAAAAUUCCUUGAAUUUUUCACAACCUGGUAAUAAUCUCAGGGCCAAAUUAAUCCAUGUUUUUUUUUUUUAAUUUUUAAUUUUUUUUUUAAUUUUAUUUAUAUUAAUCCAUUUCCCACGAAAACCACAUUCCGAAAUGUCCAUCAUCAUCAUCAACCCAACAAGAAAUUGGAAUUCCGCGAUCAAUUUCUUGUUGCGGUUCCCCGAUCGGACGACGAUCUCCCCCCAAUUUCAUUUCCUCGCCUCGAAAAACUCGGAGAUUCGAUGGCUGUGGAUUCGCACACGCUGACGUCGUCUUGCGGCGGCGGCGCGGAAAUGGGGACGGGCCACGGCGGCGGAGAUGAUCAGCCGGCGGUGGUGGUGUACAGGAAAGGGGCGUGGAGCAAGGAGGAGGACGAGAAGCUGAUUAGGGCGGUGGAUGAAUACGGGCUGAGGAACUGGGUCACCAUCGAGAGAUUGUCGGGCCUGGCCCGGCCCGCUAAGAAUUGCAGGCUCCGGUGGCUGAAUUACUUGAGGCCCAAUCUGAAAAAGUAUCCCUUCACGGAGGAUGAAGAGAGAUUAAUCCUUCAUUUGCAUGCUAAACAUGGCAACAGCUGGUCUCGUAUUGCCGCCAAGCUGCCAGGUAGAUCAGACAAUGAGAUAAAGAAUUUCUGGCACAAGAGAGCCAAGAAAUGCCAAAAACACCACCUCCCGAUCUACCCGAACGAAAACCACACAAGCGGAAUCACCGACAAAGAUGAAUCCGUCGCUAAUGACGGUGAUCGUUUUUUCUCAAACAGUAGCGGAGAUUUCGUCACUCAAAAUUCACCUCAAACUCCGAUAUCAAUUUCCAUGCCACAGUCGUCGCAGUUCCUCUCCUCACCUAGCAGCCUCGUAACAUCUCAGAAACAUAGCCCCACAAAUGACCAAAAUACCCCUACUUCUCAAACUCCUCAAAACUUGCUUAUUAUAUCCCCACACCAUACAAUCCAAUCAACCGAAACCCCACUCGAUUUUACCAUGCUGAGAAAGCCCCCGAUUCUUUCAUCUCCGCAGAGCACUCUUAGGCGAUUCUCGAGAUCACAUUCUCUUAUUGCGGAUUCUUCUUCUCGUGCGGUGUAUUCUGUGCAGACAAGUAUGGAGACAAAAGAUUCUCCGACGGCUUCAUUUUCUCCUUUCCAAUUGAAAUCACCGAUGUCAGCUCCACUUUCACCACUUCAAUUGCGUUUGUCGAUGCCUGCGCCUUCAGAAUCUUGUUUCCAGUCUAAUUUAUCGGUCCCAGAUUCAACAUUUUCGCCUUGUGUUCAACCAAUGACAGUUGAUACUGAUAAUUUCGUCACUAAUAAUUCACCUCCUCCCGUAUUAGAAAACUGCCCUUCGUUCAAAUUUUAUCAGCAAGGAGUCGAUAAUAGUGGUGGCGUGCAUAAAGUGGAAGAAGGUGACAGUAAUUUGGAGGUAAUGGAGGAACUGAGAGAAGCUCAAGAGAGGGUACGAUUCCUAAAGAAGAAACUUAAGCAGCAAACGACAAAGAACGUUGUUGGUAAAGUGCAUGCACAUCUUAAAAACUCGACGAAAAAAGAGUCGCUGAAAAGAAAAGGCGACGCGAGCGGUGUUUCACAAGUUAAAACUGCCAGGAGAGAUAAAGGAGAGGAUUUGGAAAAGGUACAACAGAACGAAAAUUCAGAAUCUUUGUCGGCAGAAACAUUGCAGAUAAAAGAAGACACGUUGGGUGAAAUAUUCAACGAGCAAAGUGAUUGGAUAGACUUUCUCGAUUCAAAUUCGUGCGAUGAUGUACUGUGUCCGAUUGUGGGUCCCACAGGUAAAUGCUCGAACGAACGCUCCACUAUGCAAGACAGUUUUUUUGAGGAAGAUUUGUUCGGUCAAAGGUAUGAGAUUCAAGGCGGUGAAGAAUUCGGUUAUACCAGCGGACAAGAUUAUUUCUCCGAUUAUUGUGACCCGAAUUUAAUAUCACCGAACCAGUACACUGGGCCCGAUCCGCUAGAUUCCGGCUAUUUGCUUACUCAGCCAACAGCCAUGGAACAAGAACCUAGUGCAGAACAAAACUUAUGGACACAAGCACAAAUGGUUUCUCAAGAUCAGACAUUGCCUACACAAGGGUUCGACUCGUUUGCAAAUCCAACGGAAUCAAAGAACUGCUGGAACUACGAAUCAGGAAAAGUGGAGCUAAAGGAAGAGCAGGAGCAGGAGAACAUGGACACGAUAAUGCCCGACGACUUAUCCAGUUUGCUCGAGUUUUUCCCGACGAACAAUCAGACAGUUGAAUGGUACAACAUUGGAGAUGCAAUAAGUAUUUCAGACUAUAUCUAAAACCUCAAGACUUUCUGAGUCUCGUUUGUUGAUAGUUGAACAAAGCAACUCAUCUGCAUGUAAAGUGUUUGGUACUUCAAAAAAAUGUGAUCAAUUGUUAAAUAUUAUCCAUCCAA